AUGAGUAAAUAUAAAAUAGCAUCAUAUAUGAUUUGCUGCCAUGGAGUUUUCAAAAUAUAUUUAACAUAUAAGAGUUAUUUUCUUGAACAAAAUUUAGAUCAAGCUAAUAAAUUUUUAAGUAUUAAAAAUAAUAUGCUUACUUUCUGUGAAAGAAUAAACAAUAAUACAAAGGAAUAUAACACAGUGUUAGUAAAGAGUAACACAUUAAACGAAAGCAACCCUACAGAAUAUCAAACCGAUUUUAAACAAAAUGAAAAAUAUAAUUACAAUAAAAAUGAUGAGAUAAAAUAUGAAAAGGGGAAACAUCAUCGACAAGAAGAAGCUACAUUUUCGAGCGAAGAAAUAGUAUCUGGUGAAAAGGGGGAUAAUACAAAAUAUAGUAAAGAAACAAAUUUGAAUAAUGAUUUAUGUGAUAUGCAUAAUAAUGAAGUAGAUUGUAAAAGCAUGGAACAAACAGAAUUAAAUACUGAAUUAAGUCAAGAUAAUAUUGAUUUAAUUGAAAAUAUAUUAAAAAAACAUAAACUAGUUUUAUUUAUGAAAGGAACAGCUUUAAAUCCAUUUUGUAAAUAUAGUAAAUUAGCAAUAAAUAUUUUAAAAUUAAAUAAAGCAAAAGAAAUAUAUACUGUAAAUAUUUUAAAUGAUGAUGUGUUAAAACAUUCUUUAAAAAUAUAUUCUAAAUGGCCUACAUUUCCUCAAUUAUAUAUAAAUGGAAAGUUUGUAGGGGGAAUAGACAAAAUACAAGAAUUACAUGAUAAUAAGCAGCUUCAACAAAUGCUACAAAUUAUAUAA